UUGUUUUGUAUAAAAUAGAUCUCGCAGCUUUAAAUAGCGUCAAUCGUUACAAAUCAACUUUAGAAACGAGAGUGUGACUAUAACAAAUGGCUAAGCCUGCUAUUAUUUUGACAAUCAUUCUACUUCUAUGUACUGUUUGUCCGAUUCUAUCUUCUCCAACGUUUAAAAAAGUCUUCGGCGGCGGCUACGGAGGCAACGGUUGUGGAGGAGGCUGUUAUCAACAACCAGUACGCGUUCAACCAGUUUACGUACAACCUGUUGCACAACAGUGUACUACUUGUGGUGUUCAACGACCCGCGCCUGUUGUUAGCACUUGCAGUACUUGUGGAGGCAGUUUAGGCGGUGGGGGAGGUGGAGGUGGAGGAGGUGGCGGUGGUUCAGGAGGAGGCAGCGGAUUUGGAUAUGGAGGAGGCUAUGGAGGAGGUUACGGAAAGUAAUAGAAACGUAUUUUUUUAUUUGUGAAUAUUUUAAUAAAAUGC